AUGACCCUUUGUACAACAUGCGCAGAGCUCGAUAUCUGCCAGUUCAACAUGGCAGACAGCGUGCUGCCCUGGACACGCAGUCUUGCCGACCUAGAACAGCAAAGCCUCGAAGGAUGUCGAUUCUGCACCCUGCUAUGGGAGAUGGCAUCCAGCAUGAAAAGGGGUUUCCGCAGACAGGAAUAUGAACAUAUUACGCCGGCCAAGAAAGCCUUGCCCGACACAUGCCGAUGGCUUCGACUGCAUGUUAGAGGGACUGGCGCCGACAAGGAUAAGCCUCAGCUCAAUACGGUUCAUGUGGUUCUGGCCAAUGACAAGUUUGCGAGUUCGACUAUGGAUCAUAUGAAUGUUUUGAUCACGGAGGAGUUUACCAAUUACGAGAUAUGUCUUGCGGCAGACGAUGAGAGCCGGGCAUUUCAGAGUGGAAUGCUAGGAGGGAGAUAUCUAGGCACCGACAGAGACACCCCGGAGUUUUACGAGAUGCUAAGCCAAUGGCUGGAUCAAUGCAUGAACGGUGGUCGGGCACACACAGCAUGCGCCAAGUUGACGUCGGGAGACGCACGCCCAAAGCCCUCGGAGUCACCUCUUCCAACGCGGUGUGUCAAGGUGACAGAGAACCAUGUCUGUCUUGAGAACACCGGCGGUAAGAAGGGAAAGUACAUCACACUGAGCCACAGGUGGCACGACAACACGGCAGCAUGCAACACCACAGUCUCAAACCUCGGCGACCGUCUAAGCGAGGUGGGCGUGGAUAUGCUUACUCCGACUUUCCAAGAUGCCAUAUCAGUUGCUCGGGGCCUCGAAAUCCCAUACAUCUGGAUCGACAGCCUUUGUAUCGUCCAGAGUGGAGAUAACGGUCAAGACUGGACAGAAGAGGCAACAAGGAUGGGAGAUUAUUAUCAGCACUCGCUCUUUACAAUCUGUGCCAUCAGUGGAGCAGAAGGCCAUGGUUUCUUGGAGAUGAAGAGACCGGGUUUCGAGUCGAUUGUCCAGCUUCCAUUCUUUGAAGGCGGUAAGCGUGUAGGUAACAUGUACGCGUAUCGGCGACCUCUGAAGGCCGAGAGACUGUUCUCUCGCGAUGUGGAUCAAAGCAACUUGAUGUCCCGGGGUUGGGUUUUCCAAGAACACAUGCUCUCCCGCCGAAUCGUAUACUUCACCGACUCGGAAACAUUUGCAGAAUGCGCCUCCUCCACACCCAAAACCAUCCCUAGCAACCAACUACUGCCCGGAUCUACCAUGAAUUCCCGAAGCCUGCCAGACGCAAACUUUAGUAUCGGCAGGUUUGGCAUGGCCCUCAACCGUACCUUGAAGGUCGACCUAGAAGGGCGGAAGACAUCACCCUAUAAUCGGUGGUACACCAUCGUUGCUGGAUACUCGAGUACAGACCUCACGUUUCCCAGCAAAGAUCAUCUCGUGGCCAUCUCUGGUGUCGCUGGUGAGUAUGAAAAGGUUGUCAAGGCUUCCUGGCAACGUAAGAGGCAGGAAAGGUUGAUUGCCCGAUCAAUGGCUCGGAGGGGUAAGGAGUAUGUCCCUCCUGUCUCGACAUAUGCGUUUGGUCUCUGGAGAGAGGAUCUGCAUCAUGGCCUGCUCUGGAGAUCCCGAGCGCCUCAGGCAGCUGCUUGCACUUGCGGCGCCCCCUCGUGGUCGUGGCUGUCUCUCUGCAGUCCUGUGGUGUGGUUCAAUCGCCACCGGGGGACAGAGAAGGCGCUCCAGAUUAUACAAGUACCAGUCCACGCGCCUGGUGAUCCAAAGGCUCUGAAAAACAGGGCACUCCAUCUGAACGGGAGGCUUGUCAAGGUACUUGUCAAAGGUGCAGAGGAGAGCCCGCAGAAUAUCAGAGAGAUGAGAGUCGAGCAGCUGUUUGAGACUUGGAGAGCCCGGGAAAUGACAGGUGAGAUGACUCGUGAGCCUCAAAACAUCAUUAAGGGGAAGCUCAAAAGCGCACGGUUUGACGAGGUUUACUACGCCGUCCACUCGAAGGCCCGCCCAGACGAUGUGGCUGGCUGGGCGUCACUGGACGAACCACAACAUUACGGCGGAGUGGAUUGUGUGGACAUCUUCAGCGACGAGGUGAUUGCGUGUCAUGUUACCACGCGCCACAACGUGAGAUCUAGCAGACUGAGCAAAUUCGAGGUCCAGGCGCCCCUAUUUCGUGGCCGGUAUAGGGGUAAAGUUUAUGAUGUUUUGUUUCUGAGGGAGCUUGGAGAGAAUGUGUAUCAGAGGAUUGGGGUCGGGAGUAUCUUUGACACGGAUCUUAUGAAGGAGUUUGUAAAGGGUGGAAAGACUCGGUUUAAGCUCGUCUAG